ACGUGAAAAAGGUCAAUCCCAAAGGCGCAUCACCGCCACCAACAAACCCUAAGCCCCGAAUCGAAUCUUUUUCAAUCCAUUUCAUUUAAAUCUUGAGGACUUUCGCGGUUCUGAUCACCGGAUUUCCUCCGGCGAUGCUUACCAGUCGGCCGUCUCGCAACCGUAGCUCAGUCGUGCCGAUCUGAGUUCCUGUGCUCGAAGCAGAGCUCGUCGCCGCAUCUACCCCGGAACUCAUCAGGUCGAUCCGCCUUCUGCAGCCGGAUCUGGAGCACCGGGUCACCUCCCACACCCUCUUCAGCUUCCCGACAAAUCGCAUCAUCUUCCCCGGCAGAAGGCUAGUUCGCCUGUUAGUUCAUCCUUUUCUUUCUUCAACCGGCUUUCUCGCACUUCUUUUUUUACAAUCAAAUUUGUCUGCUUAGAACCUUCUCUUCAGUUGGUCUCAUAGAGGAGCAAUUGUGAGGAUCUCAAACAUUUGCGGGGAAAUCUGAAUCUUCGAAACACAUCAUCAGGACUGCGGAAUGAUUUAUUUAUUUAUUGGAUAUUCAAAUAGGACAGGUUCUUGCUUGAUGCAAUAACGAAGCAAUUUAAUAUGCUAUUUUAUUUUGGAGCUGUUCAUAUUGUCAAUCUUGGGGGAAUCAAUUAAUCCAUUUGUCAUAUUUGUAGUUUUGGUGAUUUAGAUGUUCGGAUUGAGUCAUUCGGUGCUUCUUUUCAGUUUUUGUAUUCUUUGGGCUUCCAUUGGUUAGUGUGUUAAGAAACCUUUAUGUAACCCUUUAGAUACAAAGGUUUUCUUAUGUCGAAGGAAGUUAGAUUCUGAAGCUGCUCUAAUUGAGAUCCUGCAACCCAUUUCACAUGGGGGAAAGACAACUUUGAAUAGUCACAGAGAAAAAGCUCUUUCGAACUAUUUUUAGGUUAGUUGUUCUGGUGCAGUUUGAGCCCUCCAUCAAACAAGGAUGAGUCUAAGGAAAAAUGGCAGCUGGCUUGCUGUAAGGACAUUUCACGACAAAAGAUGGAAAGUUCCGUUCUUCGUGAGUUUAUUGGUGCUGAUUACUUUAUUCACUGCUUGCCUCUAUGGAUCAUACUUGUCUCCAUAUGCGCAAGAUCAGUUGCAACUUGAUGCUAUGUCCUUUGUGGGUUCAGUGGACUCAGAUGAGUAUUUCGUAGAAUCUGAUUUAAGCAAUUCGAUCGAAUCCUUUGCGACAUCAGCAAUGGAGCCGCCGAGGCUUGCUUAUCUAAUUUCUGGAACGAAAGGUGAUAGCCAGAGGAUGAUGAGGACAUUGCAGGCAAUUUAUCAUCCAAGGAAUCAGUACAUCCUUCACAUGGACCUUGAGGCUCCUCCGAGGGAGAGAUUAAAUUUGACAAUGUCUGUGAAGAAUGAUCCAAUGUUUAGUGAGCUGGAGAAUGUGCGCGUAAUGUCUCAAUCCAAUUUGGUGACGUAUAAAGGUCCGACGAUGAUUGCUUGUACGCUGCAAGCAAUAGCAAUUUUGUUGAAGGAAAGCUUCAGCUGGGACUGGUUUAUUAAUCUAAGUGCCUCGGAUUAUCCUCUUGUGACUCAGGAUGAUCUACUAUAUGUUUUAUCAAAUGUGUCCAGAAAUCUCAACUUCAUCGAGCAUACACAGAUAUUUGGAUGGAAACUGAACCAGAGAGCAAAGCCUAUAAUAAUUGAUCCAGGCCUCUAUUUGUCAAAAAAGACUGAAAUUUCAUUGACUACUCAACGACGAUCUUUACCAACAUCUUUUAAGGUGUUCACUGGCUCGGCAUGGGUAAUUCUAACCCGGUCAUUUGUGGAGUAUUGCAUAUGGGGGUGGAGUAAUCUUCCCCGGACAAUCCUCAUGUAUUAUGCAAACUUCAUCUCAUCGCCGGAAGGGUAUUUCCACACAGUGAUUUGCAACACUGAGGAGUUUCGGCACACCGCUGUAAGUCACGAUCUUCACUACAUCGCCUGGGACAGCCCCCCGAAGCAGCACCCGAGAUCGUUGACAGCCAAGGACUUCAGCAAAAUGGUGAACAGCAGUGCUCCAUUUGCUCGCAAGUUUCACAGAGAUGAUCCGGUCCUGGACAAGAUUGAUAAAGAGUUACUUGGGCGGACGAAUCGAUUUGCUCCCGGGGCAUGGUGCAUUGGGAGCUCGGAAAAUGAUGCCGACCCUUGCGCGUUGCGCGGAGACGACUCGGUGCUGAGGCCUGGACCUGGUGCUGAGAGGCUGCAGGAGCUUAUGAAGACUCUGUUGUCUGAAGAUUUUAAAAGGAAGCAGUGUUCCACACAGGGAUAGAACUUGAAAGGAUGCAGUUUUUGUAAGUGAUGUUUGUUUGCUAAAUGUACAUUGUUGUAAUAUUAAUAUAGUAAAAAAAAAAGGUGAAAGAAAAACGAUCUUUUUUUUCCAACAACAUACCACAAAUUUGUUUGUUCACCAGCUAGUUAGAAUUUGUAGGGGUUGGUUGGGAUUGGGUUUUUUUGAUCUUUUAAGAAAAAAGAAAAAGCUAAAUAGAGUAGAGUCAGAAGUUUUGAAAGUAGAAUCCCUUGAAUGUAUUAUAAC